GAAUAGCUUCGAAAUUAUAAAAGUUCAAAAUGGGGAUUUAUUAGAGGUCAAUUUUCUCGUAUUUUAUAAGUAUUUUUGUCAAAACACGCUGCACAGGGAAGUAUUUGCAUCUACAGAGCAUGUUAAGAUACUUAGAAAAGGCUGUUAAAACGGAUGCUGUUUCAUCAAGGAACAAACAUACAAAAGAACAUACAGGGUUAUCUGAAUAAUAAGGCCAUGAAUACAGCCCAGGAUGUCGUUCGAUGCGAUCUUUGUACAGAUGUUGUACAACAUUAUUGCAAAAGUUGUCACGUUAACCUUUGUGGAAACUGUAGGAACAAACACAAUGACAAAAACACAUUAACAAAGCAUGAAAUUGUCCCAUUCACUUCCCAGCAUCUGAAACAGGAAUAUAAGGUACAGAAAUGCGAGGAUCAUCCAAAACAAGAGAAGGAUCUCUACUGCCAAGACUGUAACGUUCCAAUCUGCUCACGGUGUCUAACCGGAAAUCACAAAAGACACGGGGCAGUGGAUUUGGAGGAAAUAUGUAAAAUAACUCGAAACUCCGUCACAGAAGAUUUAAAAGAGUUAUAUCACUUUGAGAGAGAGUAUUCAAAAAUUGUGAAAGAUAUGGAAAGGAUGGUUAUAUCAUACAAGGAUCAUUGCGAUAAAGAAAAUGGCUCUCUAGAGAAAUUAGGACAAGUCUGGCACAAAAUCAUUGAUAAUGCAAUUGAAAAAAUCGAAAAUCAACUUGCCGACAUGAUCAAACAAGACCUGCAGAUUUUGCAAGACAACGUAGAGAAAAUACAAUCUUCAUAUCAGAGAGUGAAACAAUGCAUCGAGAGAAAUGAAUACAUUCUUAAAGAAGAAAACUCCUUUCAGAUGCUCGAUUACAAGUCAGACGUAGAGGAAUUACGACUUGUUCCAUCCAGGAAAGAAGUCAGCCCCCCAACACUGAUAUUCCCAGACACCAGGAAAGAGACAAUCAUUGAGCAAAUUGUGUCUCUCAGGUCAUCUUUUCAAUCUUCUCUUCCAGAUAUUACAAUAACCAAAACGGGCGAUGUUUCAAUGGUAUCGACCCGUGUAUUAGUUGAGAAUCCAGCACUCAUUUCAGUUAUGUUCACAUAUAGCAAAAAAUUGAAAGGAAUCCGCUGCGAGUCUGAUGACAAGGUUUGGAUUUAUGGAGAUGAUGAAAAGAUUAGACAGCUAGACAAAUCGGGUUCUACGUUACAAUGCUUCAAUGCUGUGUCUGGAAACAGUCAGAAGGAUAUAGCUUUGAGUAAAGAUGGUCAUAUUGCAUUUUCUCACAAAGUUAACGAGUGUAUUUAUCUUGUAAAGAAAAAUGGAUUUGAGAAGUAUGUCGAUAUGGCUGGCUGGAUUCCAUAUGGCCUUAUGUUCAAUUCAGACGGAGAGUUGAUGGUCUGUAUGCGACGUAAUGAUUAUACAGAAAGUAAAGUGGGUUUUUUCACCAAAGGAAAAUUAAACCAAGAAUUCCAAUUUGAUGAAACUGGGAAACCAUUAUUUUCUAUCAGCCGAAACAAUAUGUAUAUUUGUGAAAACGGAAAUGGUGACAUAUGUGUUUCUGACUGGAACGCAUGCGCUGUGAUUUCAAUGAAAAAGUCUGGAGAAUUUCGCUUUCGCUAUGCAGGAAAUCGGUCUUGUAGCUUCAAAGAGUUCUAUCCCCACGGAAUCGCAACGGACAGUUACUGUCGUAUCUUGGUCGUAGAUCGAGAUAAUAACUGCGUUCAUGUAACCGACAGAAACGGAAAGUUCUUACGAUACAUCACGUGUGGUUUGGAGGAUCCGUUUGUUUUGAGCUUGGAUGAAAACGAAAAUCUUUGGGUCGGAGAAUGUGACAACAACUGCAUCAAAAUCAUCAAAUAUCUUGAGUGACUUGAAAAGAAGAAGUCUUUGUUUCUUUUUUGACUAAACAAUUUUGAUAUAGCAAUACGAUUACAUAUUUAUAUCCUAUCUUGCUAUGACUUUAAGGGUUUUUGCAUCCCUGAUACAAACAAUGGCAUGCGCUUGUAACACAUUCUCUGUAUCAUCGCACUUUAUCUCACUUUUCCAAAACAUCUCGGAUCAUUUUCUUUUUUGUGGUGCAUAUCUGCAAUCAAAAAAAGAACAUCAUGAAAUUUAUCAUACCUUUCAUAAAGAUCAUGGAUCAGGCCUUGACAUAAACAUUUCACCC